AUGUCUACCCAAGCGCACUCUAAGCCUCGGAAACUGAGGAUUAUUCACGUCGGCGCUGGAGCUUCCGGUCUCAUGACCGCUUACAAGGCUGAGCGCAUGCUUCAGAACUAUGAGCUUGUCCUCUAUGAUAAAAACCCAGUCAUAGGCGGGACGUGGUAUGAGAACCGCUACCCAGGGUGUGCUUGUGACGUACCUGCGCACAUUUAUACGUAUUCGUUUGAACCCAACGCUGAAUGGUCUCGCUACUAUGCGAACUCUGCAGAGAUUUAUGACUAUUUCCUCAGAUUUGCAAAGAAGUAUGAUCUCGAGAAAUAUGCUCAGCUGCGAACCACAGUCAUCAGCGCGACAUGGGAUGAGGCCGACGGGAAAUGGGCUGUCAAGUUGAGCCAGGAUGGCAAGGAAAGAAUGGACUACUGCGACGUAUUGAUGAAUGGAUCGGGAGUCGUUAACAAGAUGAAAUGGCCCGAUGUUCCGGGCCGAUCCUCCUACAACGGCACCAUAGCUCACAGCGCGACCUGGGACCCCAAGAUCACUUGGGAAGGCAAACGGGUUGCACUCAUCGGAACAGGCUCAAGCUCUGUUCAGAUGCUACCAGAACUUGCAAAAGGAUCAAAGAGCGUUCACGUCUUUGCCAGAAACUCCGUAUGGAUCGUCCCUUCACUGGGUACAGAUCUCAGCAAGGCCAACCAAGAGGGCCAAAACUCUUCUGAGCAACCAAGCACGCAGAUUUAUUCCGAAAAGGAUAAGGAUGAGUUUCGAAAAGACCCUGCUGCACAUCUACAGUACCGAAAAGGUCUUGAGGCAACCCUGACACGUAACUUUCCAUUCUUUCUCAGGGAUUCUCCAAUGAGUCAGUGGGCUACUGCUGCUAUCAAGCAGGAUAUGCUCAAGAAGCUUGAGAGUGCUGAUGAGGAGCUAAAACAAAAGCUCAUUCCGUCGUGGCCUCCGGGAUGUCGGCGGAUUACACCUGGUAACGAUUAUCUAGAGAGUUUGGUCCAGAACCAUGUAAAGGUUGUCUUUGAGGGCGUUGCAAGAUUCACUCCCACUGGACUGGUCUCGAGCGAUGGGAAGGAGUUUGAUUUUGACCUGAUUGCCUGCGCUACAGGGUUUGACAUCUCAUAUACUCCGCAUUUCAAAAUCACCGGCAUCGGUGGAGUUACGAUGAAGGAUGAAUGGUCCGAGAAUCCAAACAUCUAUCUCGGCAUCACUGGGCCCAAGUUUCCCAACUAUUUCGUCAUUAAUGGGCCAACUGGAAAUUGGGGUCAGGGUUGCGUACUUCCCUCGAACGAGGGCAUCAAGGCCAUGGAGGUGAAGGAACUUCCCACCACGCAGUGGAACGAGCAUCUUGACAACUGGCACACCAAGUACUCUGUCUGGGCCGGCGACUGUCGCUCUUGGUACAAGGCGAACAGGACGGACGGACGGGUGUAUAUCUGGCCUGGCAGCAUGCUUCAUCUGCUCAAGACUAUGAAGACGCCUAGGUUCGAGGACUUCAACAUUACCUAUAGAAGCGAUAACAUAUGGGACUUUCUUGGGAAUGGCCGCACUCAGAUUGAAGAGCUGGCUGAGGAGGGGUUUGAUGUUGACCUUGCUCCGUUUAUCCGAGACCACGAUGUUCCCUGGUCGAUUGAUGAUCAUCAUACCCUCGUAGGAGCUGCAGGUCGUAAGCAUAAGCUUUGA